AUGGAUCUGAUACAAUUAGUGAGCGAGCUGUGCUCAAAUCCCAAGCAUACGAGAUGGAUCGCACCCCUCCUCAACAUCGGGGACGGCCUGCUCUGCGCUCUUAUCAUAUGGAAAGUGCCUUAUACUGAAAUCGACUGGACGACAUAUAUGCAGCAGAUACAACUAUUUCUCUCAGGAGAGCGCGACUACACUUUGAUUAAGGGUUCCACGGGGCCGCUUGUCUACCCUGCCGCCCAUGUCUACAGCUACGCAUUACUCCACAACUUAACCGAUGAAGGACGGGAUAUUGCCUUCGGCCAGAUUAUAUUCGCUUUCCUAUAUUUGAUCACGCUUACGGUAGUUAUGGCUUGUUAUCGGCGAGUUGGCGCCCCGCCGUACUUGUUCCCUUUGCUCGUUUUGUCCAAACGACUGCAUAGUGUGUAUAUGCUGCGACUCUUCAACGAUGGACUUGCGGCGCUGGCCAUGUGGGGCGCUAUUUGGUUCUUUAUAAAUCGAAGAUGGACUCCUGCGGUUAUGCUUUGGUCCCUUGGGCUGGGUGUUAAGAUGACCUUGAUUCUCCUGGUCCCGGCAGUUAUUGUGAUACUUGCGUUGAGCUUGAGUAUGAGGUCGUGCAUCGGACUGGCUAUUCUAGCCUUGGGUAUUCAGGUCAUGCUUGCAACACCAUUCCUACAGGCGAAUCCCAGCGGCUACUUUGAACGCGCUUUCGAGUUUGGAAGACAAUUUAUGUUUAAGUGGACGGUGAACUGGAGAUUUGUACCAGAGGAAAUAUUUCUCUCCAGAGAGUUCUGGUUGGGCCUGGUAGCUUUACAUUUGCUCAUACUGGUUAUUUUUGGGGUCACGAGCUUCUUGAAGCCGUCCGGUACCAACUUGCCCAACUUCGUGAACAACUUCUUGACGGGGCGACAUCACGGCGUAGUCCUCCAUCCAUCCUUCAUUAUGACCGUGUUGUUGACGACCCUUGCCAUCGGGUUGUUGUGUGCAAGGUCUAUACACUACCAAUUUUUCGCCUAUCUCUCUUGGGCGAGUCCUUUCCUCCUAUGGCGGGCUCAAUAUCAUCCAGCUCUCAUUUAUGCACUUUGGCUAUUCCAAGAAUUGGCUUGGAAUGUGUAUCCGAGCACCAACCUCAGCUCCGCCGUUGUUGUACUCUUGCUUUGCGCCCAGGUGUUUGGCAUCCUGAAAAACAGGAACACCGCAUUUCCCACUUCACUCCCAAGGGCCAAGGCAAAAGAACACAUCCAGUGA